UCAUUCGGUUCAUGCAGCUUCUGAAAGUCGAAAUUACCGUCUGCAGUUCCUCGAACCCCUACUUGAAGAAAUAAGUGUAAAUUGAAAGAGUAUUUUCCUUUUCUUUACAUCAAAUGUUACGUCACGAAGUAAUAACGGGUAGCGCAAAAAAGUCAGUUAUGAAAAUAAUCUGAAAACCUGCUUCAUCGUAUUCUCGGCCCUCCCGAAGGAUCUUCUGAUGACCCCGAUCGAUGGAUUAUCGACAAAUAAUAAAAGUUUGAUAAAAUAUACUAAAUCCGCACCGAGGGGAACGAGCUAACUGGUGUAAGGGAUAAAAUGAAAGCGAAACUCGUCCCUCCAGACGGGGGCUGGGGAUGGCUGAUCGUUGUAGCCUACGCCACGCAUAUGAUCUGUACGAUUCCCGUAAUCCAAGCAUUCGGGCUACUUUUCAAUGGGAUUUGCGCUGACUUAGGUAUGUCGGCGACUGACAUUUCGGUAAUAAUUAGCAUAAACUCUUCCUUCGGGAUGCUCAUGGGUCUGUUGAACGGACCGCUUCUUCGCAAAAUUGCGUACAGAAAAGUUGCAGUAACCGGUGCAAUCUUUUAUACCUCCGGACUCUUAUUGACCGUCUGUGCUAAGUCCUUCGUCCACUUUGUAUUAGCCUACGGUAUUCUGUGCUCACUGGGAAUGUCCGUCAUGAAUUCCGCGUUCUCUCUCGCUCUGAAUUCUUAUUUUGUGGAAAAAAGAGGGCGAGCUGUAGGUUUCGCAAUGACCGUGAUCGGACUGGGUCCCAUUUUGAUGCCUCAAUUGAUUUCGUUUCUGAUGUCUCAAUACGGCGCCGAGGGAGCCGUUUUAAUUCUAGGCGGUAUAAGCCUCCACGCGUUCGCCGGAGCUCUCGUUUUACAACCGAUAGCCUGGCACGUGAAGAAAAAAGAAGUAUCCGCGGAGGAAGUGGCGCCCGAGUCUUCCGACAGAGGCGACAAAGGUGAAAAAACUCACCAGCGAUUCAUCAGCACUUCGUGCAAGGAUCUGCAAAUUACCAGACGAACACGUACGCUGACAACGUCCAGUGUCGACCAUGACGUCGAUACCGGGAAUAUAUACGGUUUCGACACCCCGGUGCCUAGAAAGACGUCGAUGACUCACGGCGCGUCUCCGACAGCCGACAAACCGUACAAAAGAAGCAAAAGCCAAUACGAUCCUGUAACACCUGUACCUCCUACUCCGAAGGAUUCACCUGAAUCCCCAUUCGGAUGGUGGAGUUCCGGGAAGAGUUUGGAAACGAUUAACUUGGGUAGUAGCAUAAGAAUAUUCGACGAGACGCGCAGUCUCCACAGAGCUUCGAAGUUACCCGAGACAAUCGAAGAAGGCGGCAAGGAGGAUGAGAUUAAAUCGGACGAGUCAAAGGCCUUGGUACCAAAAGCGAUCGUCAAAACUGUGAAGGAGAAAGAAGACGGUGCCAAAAAGCACGAAGAUCACAAACGUCCUUCAGAAGGGGGGGAAAACGCGGAAAUAAAGAAGCCUGUGUUGUACCGCGUGCUGCACGCGAUAGUUAUUUUUUUCGAUUUUGAUCUCUUGCGCGAUCCAGUCUAUGUGAAUAUCUUGAUAGGUAUGGCUGUAGCGAUAUUUGGGGAGAUAAACUUCGCCUUAUUGACGCCCUUUAUUUUGGCUGAGAUGAAAUUCAACGUCGACGAAAUCGCGGCCGUAAUGAGUUGCCUGGCGACAGCCGAUCUAUUGUCCCGAGGGAUCGCUCCGUUCAUUGCGGAAUGGCUCAAGCAGCCACCGAGGAUGAUGUUUCUCUUCAGUAUGGUCCUACUGAUCGUAACCAGAUCGAGUCUGCUAAUGGUAAACACUUACGCCGCAGUUGUAGUGGUCGGACUUACGCUCGGAAUCGGCAAGGGAAUCCGAACGGUUUUCAUGACCCUGGUUAUCUCGACGUACGUGCCGAUCGAAAAAUUACCUUCCGCAUCUGGUAUACAAAUGGUGACCAACGGACUGGUGCUUCUGAUCGUCGGCCCCAUUCUCGGUAUGAUAAAGGACAAGAGCGGUAGCUACGACACUUCCGUAUUCUUUAUAAACGGAAUGACGGCCUUGAUGAUCGCGAUGUGGUCCAUGGAAAUAAUCAUUAGAAAAUUAAUGGCGAAAUCUUCGGAUACUGCCACGGUCCAAGUAGCGCAUAAAAGCAGGACAUCGCUGCAAAAGAGUCCGACGACGUCUUCGUAACUCUCAUUUGCACAUAAUGUAUGAUUUGUACUUGCAACUUUACAACCAUUAUAUUAUCAUUAUUCUUUUCCUAUACUAUUUUUGUUUUGCCUCUCAGUGUACAUAAGCCGAUCAUCAAUCUAGGAAAUGUGUGCCAACGACGAUAUUAUAACAUAACAUGUACAUUUAUCUCUGUAAUUAUAGCCCACGUAUAGCGUAUGUAUAAUUUUAUAGCCAUCAUUGUGAAGGUAAUCAUAGGAACAAAUAUACUCUGCACUUUUAUCACUUGA